AUGGAGAAGCCCACCUCCCACCUACUUCAGCAGGUACAUGUCAGGCCGGGGCCCAGAAGCAAUCAACUCGUCACUGAGUAUAACGUUGACAAUAGUGUCUAUGUACAAGAGCAUGAAAAGUUCCAAAAUUGCCUGCUGCAGAGAUGUCCCGCCGAUCUUUGGCCUGCAGAAGCUUACCAAACAGCAUGUCCGCGGCCCAUUUUCAUCCACAAAAGACAUCAGCAGCGGCUGAGAGACCUGCAUGAUGCGUUGACUGCAGCUAUCACGGAUAUUGUUGAAAGAUGGUGGACAGAUAAGGAUGCGCGUUUUCCUGACCGUAUGCCUCUUAAGAAACAAGAAGAAGACCUUUUGCAGUGGAUGGAAGAACAAGUUGUCAGCAAGAAACUUCCUAUGUACCGCGAGUGUCGGGGCUCGUGGAGACCAGAUUUCCUCGUAGAGGAUGUGAUUGACGAUAUGGGUGAGGCAGUAGAGAAUUACCGCAUCACUGAGAUCAACGCCCGUUUUUCUUUCAAUGCUUUUAUUCUCGGAACAAUUGCACAUGAAGGCCUUCAAGAUAUAGGGGUGGGAAGCAAUGGAUUAAAAUGCGCAACGGAUCCUAUAGAGUUACUCAAUGGUGUUAUGAGUCUGUUCCGGACAGAUUCUCCUUUGCACCUUCUUAAAGGUCGAGAAAAAGGAAUGGAUAUCCAUAUGCUCCUGCACAUCAUCCAGCAGCGGUUCGGAAUUACGCCUAGACUGAUCACGCCCGCAGACCUGAGGCUCUUGCCCCUGGCGCACGGGAGUGGUUACAGACUCUGCUCUGUGGUGAAGGAGAAUGUAAACAUUCCUCGCCCUCCAUCGACCUGGCGAACUAAUGAGGAGGAGCUUGUUGAGGAAAUUCACCAAGUCGGCCUCGAGCUACAUCAAUCGGAGUUACUUGCGCUAGAGCCUGAAAUGCUGCGUCAGAUCAGUCUCCGCUGCUUCAACGACUUUCGCUCAAUUCUCCUAACUCAUGACAAACGAAUGCUCGGUAUCGUGAAGCAAGAAUUGGAGUCACUAGUUUCACGCAGGGUAAUCACUACUGCCCAGGCACACACUCUUGACCAAGGAAUUGCCGAUACUAUUCUUCCUGGAUCAGUGGAAUUAGAGCAUCUUGUUCACCUCUCACAGCGAUUCCCGGAACUACGGUACGAGUCCCUUCUGAAGCCAAUUCGCAGUGGCAAAGGAGCUGGAAUUGUGUUUGGUGACGAGUUGAAGUCGGAGGAAUGGAUAUCCGCCUUAAAACUUCAGUUGAAUUCCCAGAUUGCUUCGGGAGCCUGUGUGGUUCAGCGGCGCAUUAUUCCGCAUCUGUAUGAUCUCGUUCUGGAAUCUUCCGGUGUUCGUGUACAGUAUCCUCUGAUAGGAACUUAUUUUGUCGUGCAUGGAAAAUUACUCGGUUUCGGGGGGUGGCGAAGUAGCCGAGACAAAAUUUGUGCUGUUAGUCAUGGAGGAUCCUGGAUAUGCUCAGUCAUGAACCACAAUUAA